CUGAAAAAGACAUAAGAAAAUGCAAUCAAAAUCUACACAAACAUGUUUUUAAUUAAAAAAAAUAGUGCGCAAAUAGUUUCAUUCUAAUUAGAAGAGACUUAUUAUUCAAAAUGUAUUGCCGCCUGAAAAUACCAUGCAGUUGUGUAGGAGGAAUUAUUUGCAGAUCUUUAAGCUCAGCGGAAAUAUCCACAGCUUUAAGGCCUUUUUAUUUUAGUGUUCAUCCUGAUUUAUUUGGAAAGUAUCCAGAACAAAGGAAAAUAAAUGAAAAUUCACUACAACAAUUAAGUGCUCUUAUAGAAGCCCAGCAAUCUAGUCAUAAUAUGUCUAUACCAAGUCUUCCAUUCUAUUUAAGACAAAAGGACAAGCCAGAAGGUAAUUUCAAACUAGUUAAUAUACAAUUAAAUAGCAGAAAUGUGAGAGAGACAAUAGUGAAAAUCUUAAAUGCCUGUGAUAUAUCAACAAGUUUUGUGGAUAAACUACCCACAACUUCUAUUAAACAACAUUCCAGGAACAUUGAUUUUACUAAAGCCUAUGAACAGUACUCAACAGAAUUUGAAAAAGCAGCUGAGGUGAAAAGAAAAGUUGAGGAAAAGAGGGCUAUCAACAAUAUUAUAGAGUGGAUAUAUGAAAACAGUGAUAUUGCAAAGGAAAAGUAUGAAUCAACAAGUGCCACAAGACACCAAGUUAAAACCCUUAUUGAACAACUCUGCAAAACAUAUGGUAUAAAAGAAGUUAAGUAUGAUAGUGGAUGGAACAUCAGUCACAUUAGAGGGGCCUUACAAAGUCUUGCGUCUAUGGCUUCGCAGCAUACAAAACAUAUGGGCAAUUUAAAAGCCAGAACGAUAGCGUUAGGUCAAUUCACUGGUGUAAGCUUAGAUGGUGACGUUUUUCUCAAUAUCAUCGACGUCCGAAAUGAGUGGCUUUCGUUAAUCAAAAAAGUCAGCCAAGAAGACAGCGCCUUAAUAGAGAUACCUAAAUAUGAAAAGGCCUUAUCCAGUAUAUUAAGAAAUAUACACAUCUGUAGAAGAAAAUUUAUGCCGAAAGUGUCAGCAGCCCAGUAUUGCAGUCAUCUUAGACAAUUGAUUACAUCAAUAGGGGACUUUUAUGGCAAUGGCAGGAAAAUUCCAGAAUCUGUGCCAGAAUCUCUCAGUAAAUACGAAAUUGUUGUAGAACCAGAAGCAGGCCCUUUGAUGGUGUCCCCCACUGGUCAGUUUAUCACGCCAUCGUCUUGUCCCGCGGAGGAACUUAUUCCAUUCAUCGCGAAAAACCUCGACGAAGCCACAUUACUUCUCACCGAAUAUAGCAUCAAUAAACAUGUGGAAAAAGCGCUUCAUAACGAAGUCAAGGAGAGAUUUGGCUUAUUGGAACUUCAAAAGGACGACAGCAUUACGCCAGGACUAAUGAUCCUGUGCUGUCAAAGAUUACUCACUCGAAUCGAUAAAGUAGGAAUGAAAUUACACGGAAAUAUAUUAUACGUCACUCAUUACUAUUCCGUGCUGUCGGAGGGAGUACUGUGCAUACCUUGGAAUUUUAAGUGAAAAAAACUGCGUUAUUGAUCAAGAUAAAAUGAGUUUAUUGACAGAAUCAAAAUAUUACAAAUAUUUACAGCAUCUAUACAAAUGAAAAAAAAUAGUACAAUACCAUAAUACAAUUCCAAUAUUUACUAAGAGAAACUAAAUAAAAUAUACAUUAGCAAAAUGUACCUAAUGAAAUGUCUAGUUAAUUUUUCAAAAGAGAAAGAAUGAAAUAGCUUAUAAUAAA